AUGUCCACGACAUUCACAAUUCUCAUCGCCCGCGCCAUCGGCAUCGGCGGCGCAUUCUGGCUCUCCGGAAACAUCGCUGCACUCGCCCUGAUCUCCGUCCCGGCCUGCACCUCCGCCUUCCACGACGGCGCCGCGACCACCGUAUCCCUGACGCGCCUCUGGCGCCACACCUACGAACGGGGCAAAGCGCAGAACCCGCCCAUCGCCGCCCUGACCACGGCGUCGUUAUCAUUCCUCGCGUGGUCGACGCGCCACGUAGGAGCACCUCAUGGCUCUGUGCUGCGGCCGCUUUACCUAUACGGCGCCGCGGCGGCGCUGACGAUUGGAAUCGUGCCGUACACGAUCUUGACGAUGCGGGGAACGAACAACAAGCUGAUCAAGAACUCGGAAGAGAUCGGCAGGCAGGGGGUGGCAGCACCGGCCUCAAGGGAGGAGGAAUCGGAGGUGGAGGAGUUGCUGGGGAGGUGGAUGUGGCUGAAUGGGGUGAGGAGUGUGCUGCCUGCGCUGGGGGGCGUGGCGGCUGUUGUGGCGGCGACUAUUUGA